CCAGUCGUAAACCCCUCCAGUCGUAAACACCCGUGUGGUAAGCCCUCCCGUCAUUCCCCUCUCUGACGUAAACCCCGGUGCCAGACGUAACCCAGACCUCAGGCGCCGCCGAGCACCCUAACGCUGUGCUCCGGAGCGAAGACGGAGCCCGCUAGGCCCGAGCGCCCAGCGCCCUCGUGACUCAGACCCAAUGCCCGGCCCUUUGCCGCCCCUCAGGCAUUUCCGUGACAAGACCGCCGCCGGACGGCUGAACGUGGAAAUGUCGGAGGCAGAGAACAGACACCUCCUUUUCCUCACUGCGGCCAGCCUGCCACGACAUGUCUGUAUCCUAAGCCAGUGAACUCCAUAAGGGCAGGGACUUUUUGCUGCUACGCCUCCAGCUCCUGGAACAGUGCUUGCUCAUAGCAGUUACAUCCCAGGAGACUGAAGUGGAAAUAGGCGGCUGACACGGGAAUUAUGGAGACGCCAAAGAGGACCUUGCUGCAUCUCAGUAGAUCACCAGGUUCGUGGCCUUUCAGGUGCUGCAGGUCAACAGGUGAUGCCCUAAGAGAGGAGUAAUGCAAAGUUCCCUGAACCCAGCUAUGAGGACUCCACAGAAUGGAGCAAGAAUGAGAGGAAAAAGGCCGGCAGAAAAGCAUGAACUGGAGGUUUGUUGAGCUCCUCUACUUCCUGUUUGUAUGGGGCCGUAUCUCAGUGCAGCCCUCCCACCAGGAACCAGCUGGGACAGACCAACAUGUCUCCAAGGAAUUUGAUUGGCUUAUUUCAGACAGGGGGCCUUUCCACCACUCCAGGAGCUACCUAUCCUUUGUGGAAAGACACCGUCAAGGAUUUACAACCAGAUAUAAAAUAUACAGGGAGUUUGCCCGUUGGAAGGUGAGGAACACAGCCAUUGAGAGGAGAGACCUGGUCCGUCAUCCAGUGCCCCUCAUGCCGGAGUUUCAAAGGAGCAUCCGCCUGCUUGGCAGGAGACCCACCACUCAGCAGUUCAUCGAUACCAUCAUCAAAAAGUACGGCACCCACCUCCUCAUCUCCGCUACCUUGGGAGGGGAGGAGGCCUUGACCAUGUACAUGGACAAAAGUCGCCUGGACAGGAAGUCAGGGAAUGCCACUCAAAGUGUUGAAGCUCUGCACCAGCUGGCAUCGUCCUACUUUGUCGACCGUGAUGGCACCAUGAGGAGGCUCCAUGAGAUCCAGAUAUCAACUGGAGCAAUCAAGGUCACAGAGACACGCACCGGGCCUCUGGGCUGUAACAGCUAUGACAAUCUGGACUCUGUGAGUUCCGUCCUUCUGCAAAGCACGGAGAGCAAACUGCACCUUCAAGGUCUUCAGAUCAUCUUCCCUCAGUAUCUGCAAGAGAAAUUUGUCCAAUCAGCCUUGAGCUACAUCAUGUGCAACGGUGAGGGGGAAUACGUGUGCCAGAACAGCCAGUGUAGAUGCCAGUGUGCCGAGGAGUUCCCGCAGUGCAACUGCCCCAUCACUGACAUCCAGAUCAUGGAGUACACGCUGGCCAACAUGGCCAAGUCUUGGGCCGAAGCUUACAAGGACCUGGAGAAUUCAGAUGAGUUUAAAUCGUUCAUGAAGCGUCUCCCUAGCAACCACUUCCUGAGCAUUGGGAGCAUCCAUCAGCACUGGGGCAACGACUGGGACCUGCAGAACCGCUACAAGCUCCUGCAGAGCGCCGCGGAGGCCCAGAGGCAGAAGAUCCAGCGCACCGCCCGCAAGCUCUUCGGCCUCAGCGUCCGCUGCCGCCACAAUCCCAACCACCAGCUGCCUAGAGAGAGGACAAUUCAGCAGUGGCUUGCAAGGGUCCAGUCGCUUCUCUACUGCAAUGAGAAUGGGUUUUGGGGGACCUUCCUGGAGAGCCAGAGGAGCUGCGUGUGCCACGGCAGCACCACGCUGUGCCAGCGCCCCAUCCCCUGCAUCAUCGGAGGGAACAACAGCUGUGCCAUGUGCAGCCUGGCCAACAUCUCGCUCUGCGGCUCCUGCAACAAGGGCUACAAGCUAUACCGAGGCCGCUGCGAGCCACAGAAUGUGGACUCGGAGCGGAGCGAGCAGUUCAUCAGCUUCGAGACCGACCUGGAUUUCCAGGACCUGGAGCUAAAGUACCUGCUGCAGAAGAUGGACUCACGCCUCUACGUCCACACCACCUUCAUCAGCAACGAGAUCCGUCUCGACACCUUCUUUGACCCCCGGUGGCGCAAGCGCAUGUCCCUCACUCUCAAGAGCAACAAGAACCGCAUGGACUUCAUCCACAUGGUGAUUGGCAUGUCCAUGCGCAUCUGCCAGAUGCGCAACAGCAGCCUGGACCCCAUGUUCUUCGUCUACGUCAACCCCUUCAGUGGGAGCCACUCGGAGGGCUGGAACAUGCCCUUCGGGGAGUUCGGCUACCCGCGCUGGGAGAAGAUCCGUCUCCAGAACAGCCAGUGCUACAACUGGACUCUCCUGCUGGGCAAUCGGUGGAAAACGUUUUUUGAGACGGUCCACAUCUACCUACGUAGUCGGACUCGGCUACCUACCCUCCUGCGGAAUGAGACUGGCCAGGGCCCUGUGGACCUGUCCGAUCCCUCCAAGAGGCAGUUCUACAUCAAGAUCUCGGAUGUGCAGGUGUUCGGGUACAGCCUGAGGUUCAACGCCGACCUCCUUCGCAGCGCCGUGCAGCAGGUCAACCAGUCCUACACGCAGGGCGGCCAGUUCUACUCCUCUUCGUCUGUGAUGCUCCUCUUGUUAGAUAUUCGGGACCGAAUCAAUCGCCUGGCCCCCCCUGUGGCCCCGGGGAAGCCGCAGCUGGACUUGUUCUCGUGUAUGCUGAAACACCGCCUGAAACUGACCAACAGCGAGAUCAUCAGGGUGAACCACGCCCUGGACCUCUACAACACCGAGAUCCUCAAACAGUCAGACCAGAUGACAGCCAAGCUCUGUUAACCUGGACUCUUUGCCAUGGACGUUCCCUUUUGUUGUACAAACAGAACAGAACCAAGCAAAGCAAAACAAACACAAAUUUGUAAAAUGUAAUUAAUAUUCAAAGGAAAGGAGGAAAAAUCUUCAUUCGUUGGAAACGAAAACAUUCUAGCAACUGUAUAAAACCGUUGGGCAUGUUUGUUAUUUCUAUACUCUGUCGUGAAGAAGGGUCUCAGCCUUGGGAGGAGCUUGGAGGGAGUUGCUUCUUAGGCCUCAGGUGCUGUAUUGAGGGGGGAGAUGAGAGAGAGCAUAUGCAAUGAAUUGUAAAGAUCUCUGCUGUGCAGGUGCUAAGAUUAAACACUAAAAAGAAAGAUAUA